AUGGAACCAUUAACCGAAAACGAGAAACAAUCUACAUUCAUUUAUAAUCCCAUAAGUUUCGUUCUGCAUUUCCUCGCAUCGUACGGCUGGUACCUGGUGGGCGGUGCUGCUGCUAUCCUGUACCUGAUGUACAAACUGCGGCCGAGCUACGAGCGCUGGCGGCAGGCCCGUGAGGAUGCGGAGUACCAUAAAGAUCCCGACGUGGCGUUGGCGCGGAUGCAGGCGAUCCAGUUGGCGAGGGAACGCCAGCAGAGGCUGCUGGAGGAGGCGUCGGCCAAAGCGCUGCGGGAACGGAUGGAGCGGGAAGAGCGCAAGCGGGCGGAGGCUGCGGAGAAAUUGAGGAGCCUCGAGGAGAACGGAGGUCAACGUCUGGGCACUGGAGACGAUUAUCUACCUCUGAGCGGCGGUCCCUCCACCUCCUCGUACCGGCCCCCGAAGCGGUCCGCGUGCUCGCGCGGCGGCUGUGGCAGAUCGACGCCGGAAUGUUUGAGAGCGUGGUGCCUGAGAGCGGUGGGGGCACGCACGGGCGGCAGGCGACGCGGCACGGCGAAGCCCUACAACAGGCUACGACAUAAGAGGGGCUCAACCGUACAAUACGUGUCGCCAGUACUGCAGUCGCGGCGUCGUCCGUCCCUCUCACACGCGGCCGCGGCGAGCGGGACGCCGCUCAUCCUGUCAGCCGGUGACGUCACGAACGCGAGGGGCGCGCGGCGGCGCCCCGCCGCUCGCCGGCAGUGUUCGGCCGGCCGCCACACCGAGUGGACGGGUGCACAAUGCGCGCGCGGUGAAAAGAAAACAUCAACGAUGCUGUUCGAGAGUCCCAACGCGAAACUGUACCCGGCGUUCAACAUCCCGCCGCCCGUCAGGCUCAGUGAUGUUACACCGGUCGGGCCGCGCGGAUCGUCGAUACGGGACGCCGCUACUCCUUUGUAUUGCGGCGGUCCGUUGCAAAAGGCCCCACUUGGAGCCCUGGCCGGCGUCGGAAUCGAUGUUUUUGUAUCGAUUGCGAGCGCGGGCCGGAGCGCCCCGGCGUGGUCGUGCCCGCCGGGGGCCCGUAAACAAAGCGCGCCCCGUGCGCACGGCUCAACUAGUGCCGCGGUGCAAUGUGCAUGUGCAACGGACGGCUGUGUGGCCGCACCGGCGGACAGCUCCGCGCAAAUGCGCAGUGGCUACACCGCGUUCGCGUAUUCCAUACGAACCGAUUUCGACCUCACCCGCUCCCCUUCGGGAGAGAGC